CAUCAUCUCUUCGCGUUCGUUGAGCCCGAAACAAGACAUUCUAUACAUUGUCAAUCACUGUGUAAACCCUUUCUUUUCUACACUAUGGCCCGCACUUGGAAUGAUGCACUCUAUGGACCUCCGCCACGCUCAAAGCCGGUUAUAAAUGAGACGGUCGAGGCGGAGGAAGAGCCCGCAUACGAAUUCGAGAAUGAAUGCCGGUGCGACGAUCGGGAUCAAUCUCAGUCACAGCCUCACAGGUGCUUUAGUCUAUGGUGCACCCACAUCUUACCUCCUGAAAUACAGGCAGAGAUUCGUUUGAAUAGGAGUAUCGAAUACCGAGAUACUACUACAAAUCCAACGCCGCACAGAAAGAAGUGAGGAUUAACUCGGGUCGAUUCUAUACUACCUCUCGUUUACUAUCAUCUUACAUUACGAUCUUUCCUCCGCGUCAUGCCAUGUCAAACUACAUGUAACAUUACUAUAUACCAGUGGUUUACUGUUUACAUCUCAUUAGU